AUGGAACGCGAUGAUUGUGCUUUGAAUCUCAUCGAGAAAAAUAACCGUCUGUACUUCUUAGUCAUACUUCUUAUCUUUCUUUUCAGAACAUCCCAGUUGAGUGGUUCGGUUCUGAUUAAUGGCAAAGAACGCAAUCUGCGUCGCUUCCGCAAACUUUCUUGCUACAUCAUGCAAGACGACAUAUUGAUUGCGAAUCUCACGGUACGCGAAGCCAUGAUGAUCUCAGCCAAUCUGAAACUGGGUAAAGAUAUGAAUUUGGCUGCCAAGAGAGUCGUAGUCGAUGAGAUACUCGAAACAAUUGGUCUCAUUGAAUCCUGCAACACGAAGACCUACAAUCUUUCGGGUGGGCAACGUAAACGUCUCUCCAUUGCACUCGAGUUGGUCAACAAUCCGCCAGUGAUGUUCUUUGACGAACCCACAUCCGGUUUGGAUAGUUCAACCUGCUUCCAGCUGAUUUCUUUGCUCAAGUCUUUGGCACGUGGCGGCCGCACUAUCGUUUGCACUAUUCACCAGCCGUCGGCGCGUCUCUUUGAAAAAUUUGAUCACUUGUACAUGCUCGCCGAGGGCCAGUGCAUGUACCAAGGACGCGUGCGAGGUCUGGUGCCAUUUCUCUCGUCGCUCGGCUACGACUGCCCUUCAUAUCACAACCCGGCCGACUAUGUGCUGGAGGUAGCCUGCGGCGAGUAUGGCGAAGCUGUGCAAAAGCUGGUGGCGGCGGUCAAGGAAGGCAAGUGCAAGAAAUACAGCCAAAAGGACUAUGGAUUGGAUAUGAAGGGUGUACGCUGCAUUGCGAAUGAUAUUGCCAAAAGCGAUGGUGCUGAUAAUGGCUGCAAGAAUGUCAAUAGUGCAAUUACAACGUCGCUCACAGCGACCACAACACUCACACAUGCAGAUGAGAAAUUCAAAAUGGAUGCAUCGGCCAUUGGCUUGGUGGCCAAAUCGGAUUCGAAUGAAUCGACUACAGCCAUGUUACAGUCACAACAGUCACAGCAAUCAGACUGUACCGUUAUCAAUUUAAACAUUCCAAGCAGUAAUAAUGGCAAUGGAAGUUCCAGUACUGGACUGACCUACAAUGUUCAUGAAGAUAGCUGCAGUCUGAACUCGAAGGGUGGACAAAAUGCCCUCACUGCAGCCGCCGAGAAAGCUGCAGCCGCCGGUUGCACCACUUCGUUGCUGGAUUCACACGAGAGUGUCGUUACGCUGCCCAACAGCUCUGGCUUCCCCACCAGCGGCUGGACACAAUUCUGGAUACUGUUAAAGCGUUCCUUUGUGACGAUUAUGCGCGAUCGCAUGUUGACGCAUAUGCGUUUAGCCUCGCACGUUAUUGUGGGCGCCAUCAUUGGCAUGAUUUACUAUGAUGUGGGCAAUGAAGCGUCGAAGGUGAUGAGCAAUGCCGGAUGUAUUUUCUUCACAACACUAUUCACAAUGUUUACAGCGAUGAUGCCGACGAUAUUGACUUUUCCCACUGAGAUGUCGGUGUUUGUGCGGGAGCAUCUAAAUUACUGGUACUCGCUGAAGGCGUUCUACUUUGCUAAGACAAUGGCUGAUCUACCCUUUCAGAUCUUCUUCUCCAGUGUCUAUGUGAUUGUUGUCUACUAUUUGACCUCGCAACCUAUGGAAUGGUUACGCAUCUCAAUGUUUGUCUUCAUUUGUGUGCUCACAUCGCUGGUGGCGCAAUCGCUGGGCUUGCUCAUUGGUGCUGGCAUGAAUAUCGAAGCGGGUGUUUUCCUCGGGCCCGUAACUACAAUACCAACCAUACUAUUCUCAGGCUUCUUUGUUAACUUCGACACUAUACCAGGCUAUCUGCAGUGGGUAACCUACGUCAGUUAUGUGCGCUAUGGAUUUGAGGGCGCCAUGGUAUCAAUAUACGGCAUGGAUCGUGCCAAAUUGGAGUGUCAUGAAAUGUAUUGUCACUUCCGUAGUCCAAAGAAGUUCUUGGAAGAGAUGUCUAUGGAUCAGGCCGAGUACUGGAUUGAUGCGGUAGCCUUGCUGGGUACAUUUAUUGCGCUGCGCAUUAUUGCGUACUUUGUGCUGCGCUGGAAGCUGCAUCUGAUACGCUAAGCAGGGCUGAGGGAGCCAGUCAGUAGCUAUAAGACGUACUCUGUAAUUAAUAUAUGUAUGUAAAAUGUAUCUAUGUUUAUGUAUUUGUAAGUAGUAGAGAGUCUUCAA